UUCCACAGUGCUGACAGUUGCUCUGCUGCUCUGGGGACUGAAGAGGCACACAUAUCAGGUGAAGAAGUCACUCUAAUUACCACAAUUGCACAUCAAUAGUAGUGUUUAGUUGGGCGGCAUCGCAACGGUUCUUGUGCAUCUUCGCUGUGGCCAGUAUUUGUGAGGCUCCGACUGAGAAACCUCGGCUUGUGUUCGUUCACUGCGGAAGCGCUGAUGUUCCUCGUGAUUUCCACUGGAUGCCCAGGAAUUGCAGCUCACCUGGAGUGUGAUUGAGAGUCAGUGGAGUUCGCCUAAAUCCCGUGGGCAGUGCAAAGUGGCUGAGAAGAGAGUUUCGUGAGAGUGAUUUUGGUGCAUGUUUGGAGAGGUUUUCGUGCGAGAUUAGGGGAAGCUCCUAUUGAUUUUUUCCCUGAAGCUCUUCGCAACUCCACGACAAAUUUCCACCAGAGGAAUUUUUUCCUCGUGCAGAAGAUUUCUCCACGUCUUCCCCGAACGAGGAAAUUCACGGAAAUUCCGUCAUCCGUAAGAUCAUGGGCAAACUUGCAGUCAGCGCUGAAAUUUGUGAUCACUAACUUCCUUGCAAUUCACAACAUAUCCUUGCACGCGUGUGGCAAAAUGUCGAGAGACGCUUCGGACGUGGAAUAGUGUUUAAAGGCCAAAGACAAGUGACAGUCGUCAACACAAGUCAUCAACGAAACGAAAGGGAAAAUCAUGAAACUGAAGCUGUCCGCGCCCAAAAUGUCCUUCCUCUGGCGAAGGAGAUCGUCAGUGGUGAAGAUUGUGCUUCUACUCACCGCCGUCUGGUUCACAAUUGCCUUCCUCAUCUACUCGGAGGACAGACAGACGCGCUCCGAUCAGCUGUCCAACAUUCCACCGGCGCAGCACUUGGACGGUGGACACAGAGAGGAGUUCCAGGAGUUCAUCCAGGAGAGUCACAACAACAUCCACCCGCCGGCGCACGUGAUGAGGAACAGCAAUGCGCUGGUGAAGAGCAGCAGCAGUCAGCGGCGGAGCAGCUCGUCCAACUACAAAUUCAAUCCACAGCAGAAUGCUGACGAUGGCAAGGGAGUCUUGGCGGCUCCCGCGGACAUCUCUCCGGACGCUCCGGGCGAAAUGGGACGCCCAGUUGUGCUGCCGACCAACAUGACGAGCUCCAUGAAGAAGUCAGUGGACGACGGAUGGCAGAAGAAUGCCUUCAAUCAGUACGCUUCGGACCUGAUAUCUGUGCAUCGAACUCUUCCAGAUCCGCGGGAUCAAUGGUGCAAAGAACCGGGCAGACACAGCGCCAAUCUUCCCGCCACUGCCGUGAUAAUUUGCUUCCACAAUGAGGCCUGGUCGGUGCUGUUGAGGACAGUGCACUCGGUUCUCGACAGAUCUCCGGAACAUCUCAUACAGGAAAUCAUUCUAGUCGAUGAUCACUCGAAUAUGCCGCACCUCAAGACGCAACUGGACGAGUACUUCCAGGCGUUCCCCAAAGUCAAGAUUAUCAGGGCCCAGAAGCGCGAAGGACUGAUCCGGGCGAGACUCCUCGGGGCGCGGCACACGGAUGCGCCCGUGCUGACGUACCUGGACUCCCACUGCGAAUGUGCGCCUGGAUGGCUUGAGCCACUCCUCGAUCGCAUCGCGAGAAAUUCCACGACUGUUGUGUGUCCCGUUAUUGAUGUGAUUGACGACACAACGAUGGAGUUCCACUGGAGAGAUUCUGGUGGCGUGAAUGUUGGCGGAUUCGAUUGGAAUUUACAAUUUAAUUGGCACGCUGUUCCAGAGCGCGAGAAGAAGAGGCACAAGAACUCCGCGGAACCUGUUUGGUCACCCACGAUGGCCGGCGGACUGUUUUCCAUUGACAAGAAGUUCUUCGAGCGCCUGGGAACUUACGAUUCGGGCUUCGACAUCUGGGGCGGUGAGAAUCUGGAGUUGUCCUUCAAGACGUGGAUGUGCGGAGGAACACUGGAGAUUGUGCCGUGCUCCCACGUUGGCCACAUCUUCCGGAAGCGCUCUCCGUACAAGUGGCGAACGGGAGUUAAUGUCCUGAAGCGCAAUUCCAUUCGUCUGGCGGAAGUGUGGCUCGAUGAUUACGCUCAGUAUUACUAUCAGAGAAUCGGCGAUAAGGGCGAAUAUGGCGAUGUGUCGGCGAGGAAGAAGCUGAGAGAGCAACUGGACUGCAAGUCCUUCAAAUGGUACCUGGACAACAUCUAUCCUGAGAUCUUUAUUCCAGGCGAGGCUGUGGCGUCUGGAGAGAUUCGCAAUUUGGCAUUUGGAGGACGAACAUGCCUUGAUUCGCCGGCCAGGAAGAAGGAUUUGAAGAAGGCCAUUGGCCUCUAUCCAUGUCACAAUCAGGGUGGCAAUCAGUACUGGAUGAUGAGCAAGACUGGGGAAAUCCGACGCGAUGAGGCGUGUCUGGAUUAUGCUGGCCAAGAUGUCAUUCUCUAUCCCUGCCACGGUUCGAAAGGCAACCAAUUCUGGUCGUACAAUCAGGACACGAAGCAAAUACGCCACGGUUCGUCGGAGAAGUGCAUUGCCAUCAAUGAGGCGAAGACGAAGGUGAUGAUGGAGGAGUGCAGCGCAGAGAAGGAGCAUCAGAAGUGGCAGAUGCAGAACUACGAUCCCAGCAAGUACUGAAGAAGUUGUCCGGAGCGAGUCUCCUUUUGCCAUUUGUGUGGCGCUCAGCGGUGUGGUCUUGAUUGACUUCCUGUUGAUAUGCCAAGACUUCCUAUAUUGUUUCGUGUAGGGUGAGAAGAAGAAGAAGAUGAGAUGAGAUAAAUAGGUAGUUCUUCCCCAAUUUCCAUGUUAUGCUUGUGAUUUUUAAACCGCGAUAUUUGUAUAUAUAUAUAGAGAGAGAGAAGAAAAAACAUCAAACAAUGGACCUAAUUACUUAUAAUGCAAUAUAUUUACGCAUAUCUCUUUAGUUCAUUCUUUUAUCGUCUGCCUAAUAUUGUGCGGGAGUAUUUUUUUUUUAUUGUCGUAUUUAUUUGUUUAACAGAGUAUUUAAGUGGUAAAAAUUACUGCCGAAAAAAUAGAACAAAAGACACAGUGAAAGAAGAAAGUUUAUGAUGAAUGAACAAGUAGAGAGCUUCCUAAGUGAGAAAGACAGAGAAAAAGUAUUUUGAAAAGUAAGUCAAAUGCAAAGACGGCUCAAAAGGCAUUAAUUACAGGUUAUUAUUUUGCACAGAUAAUUCCAAGAAGAAGAAGAGCUCAAAGUUGUGUGUUGGAAGACAUUAAGAAGAAGAAAUUACAAGUAUUAAUUAUAGUGAAUCAUUUUGAAUAAAAUAAAAACAUAUCCAAUAUUGAAACAACCGUGAAUGUGAUAAGAUUGCGGACAAAAUAUCAAUAACUAAUCACAUUUCGAUACAAAUUAUUCCUCUAUCAGAAUUCCAAUAAUAUGAAGAAUCAUUACAAAUUAUAUGUGAAAUAAAAGAAUAUCUUUGACGUGCGCGGAGAGACUGAUGAGAGAAAUGUUGCAAAAGCACAGUUGAGAUAACAAAUUUAGCCGGAGUAAAUUAGAUGUAGAUUAGAUUGUAGGGUGAAUUUUGUUUGAUAACUCCGUACUUAGUGGGGCUGAAUGGGUGGUGAAGAGAGUUUAAUAAUAAUUUGUGCAUCUCUGCACAAUUUAGUCGUUGACACACACAGAGGACAAACAGUAACAUUUUAGAUAUUUCCAUAAACGAAUUUUGUCAAUAAAUAGCAGUAAAAUCAAUUAACAUUCCUAGAAUUUUGAAAGAGUUUGUAAAUAGAAAAAUAGCAUAAAAUAUCCAUAUUUCUGCAGUUUUUUUUUUUGAAUUUCCCAACAGAAUUCAAAGUGUAGGCGUUAUUUUGUAAGGAUUCAGUCACGAUCAUUGAGAAAAUGUGCCUUCUAGCUAUUAAGUGUAAUGUUGUAAAUAGUUUUCUCAUUGAGAAUAAAUUGUGUAUUUCAUUUCGAUAACAUGACAAGAAGUCUUUUCACUGCAAUUUCCGGCGCAAAACCUCCCAUUUCUCCCCCCUUUGGAUGUCAGGAGUAAUGCAAUAUUGAUUAAAUGCCAUAUGCAGAUGGCCAAAUA